AUGAUGAAGGAAGUGAUUAAGGUUGCUCGUUUUACUAAAACUAUUACAUUUAUCCUACUAAUAUGGAUACAUCAGUAUAACAUUGAAGAGUGUGUAUUUGGUAUACAUUUCGGUAAGAAGUGUAAUUUUGAUAAAACAUUGCAUAUAAGGAAUGAGCGAUUAUUGGAAAAUAAUAAAGAGCUAUACGAAUCUGAUCAAUCAGAGUUAAAUGAUUAUUUAGAAGGUUAUAUGGACAAAAAAGAAAUAAAAAAAUUAGUUGGAGAUAUACCAUUAUAUAAAGAAGUAAGUAAAUGUGAAAAAAAUAGUUUACACAGUUGCAACGAAGUUUUAUAUGAAACAACUACUGAACAUAAAGGAUUAAAUCCAAGAUAUACUAUGUUUCCAUGUUUAAAUAGAAGUUCACCUUUAUAUAAAAGAUUAAGAAAAAUUGAUUAUAAUUUUGAAAAAAGAAUAUUCGAUCAUCUUGAAAAAUUAGACAAUCGUAAAUUAAAAGCAAAAAUUUAUAAUAACAUUUUUAAAAGAGCCUUAUUUAUAGUAUAUGAUACACUUUUAUUUUUUCGUUAUGUAAUUCUAUUAGCUGGAACAAUCUUUUGCCCUACAAUAUUUUAUAAAGCUACGCCCCAAAAUGGAUAUGCUGUACCCUAUCUAAUAAUACUUGCUACAUUUUUAUUAGUGGUAUUUUAUAUUAUCGUAAAAUUUUUAAAAUAUGAUAGAUUAAAAGAUACAAUGAGAAUAAGGAAAACAUAA